AUGUCUCUAUCAAUCGAGCAUAUUGAUGCUUUUCUCCCUAUAACAGCGUUGAAGACGUUUGUAUUGGGUGAUAGACGAUUCAUCUUUCAAAGCCAAGGCACACUCUUCCGGGUGGUUGAUGAAUCCAGCGGUGUUGUCAAUGCCCAAGUCCAGAUAUUCAAAAGAAACAAUAUCCAUGGUUUCAUUACUUUGAAUCAACGACCACUGGAUCAUGAUUCAAGCCAUGUCCAAAUAAUCGUCUGGGGUGGUCGUUCAGUGCGAGCGGUCAACUUCUUCCUGGUCUCUGACAAUGAAGUCACGUUGUCAACCUCUAGUGCUGAGUUCACUGCUCCAGAUUGGAUCAUGAGUGGGUGCGCAGCUGCUCCAGGUGGCCAUUACGGGGCAUUUUUGAUCACCUCGAACAAUGCACUCCUGAGCCUCGAAGUGCUUGACAGUGAGAUUCCCGGGAUAGAUACCAUAUCCAUUUAUCAGCUGGCCACAAGUGUAAAGUCUAUCCUUUACUCCGCCGAUGUGAUUGCGCUGUCUUCCUCCCAUGUCCUCAUUGCCGCUGGUACCGUCUUCGGAGAAAUUAUCGUGUGGUCUUGUUUCUUGAAUAAAAAUGGAUCACACAAAGCUAAUGCAGUCGGCUCCAUUCACCAUUUCUUCACGGGGCAUGACGGAUCAAUAUUCGGUGUCCGCAUCUCUCCCCAGAUCCCUUCUUUGAAUGGAGGCCAGUCUGGUAGGAUUUUGGCCAGCUGCAGUGACGAUAGAACUGUCAGAAUUUGGGAUAUAUCAGAUUGUGAGCACAAAACAGCCCAAGAUCCCUCUGCAUACUCCACAGACGGAUUUGAAUUGCGAAGCACAGGCUUUGGUCCUGUUGAGGCAGGCGAGGAGAGCGUUGGUUCUGAGUCAUGUGUGGUCCAGGCAUUUGCUCACACGGCUCGCAUUUGGGGUGUCUAUUUCAGGGCCAUAAAAAAUAAUGACCAAACUCAUAUGGGGUUGGUUUCUCGUGGAGAGGACUGCACCUGCGUUUUGUGGGACCUAAGCUGGCACUCCUCAUCCGCCGGGACGACUGAAUAUCAGCUCAGUCAGACUUCUUCAAUACAAACACAUAUUGGAAAGCACAUUUGGUCUCUGGAUCUUUGCAGAAUUGGCUCUGAGACCGUGGUUUACACCGGAGGUGCCGAUGGUGCAUUGAAAAGUUUCCCCAUCAAAGAAAAUGACGGUGAACAUCUGGGCAAUGGCCCUGGUGCUUCUUUCCAGCAAUCACCUACCUUGCAAGUAAAGGCGAAGAAGCAGGACCCGACAGCUGACGGAUCGAAAGCCUUUGCAUUUGUCGCCCAAGACUGCCUUCUUCGUACCUCUACACAAGGUCGGAUCCAGCUUGGGUAUCCCAAUCAAACAGAGGAGACUGCCAUUAAUUGGGAGACACUAUGCGAAACACCUGACCUUGCUUCUUUUGGCGUGAUCACUGCUUUGCCCCAGAUGGGUUUAGCAUUGAUCGGUAAUUCCCGAGGAUUCAUUCGACUCUAUAAUCACGCGACGAAAUCUGUCACCAGCAUCACAGACGUUGGCAACAGACCCCUUGGAUUAUUCUUCCUUCAGACUCACUCUUCCAAGAUGGAUACCGCGAAUUCUUCCAAAAAAAUCACCUUCCUUGUCUGUUAUCCUACCGGAGAAGAAAUAACACUCGUCUCCGUCUCCGACUGGAACAGCGAUCAUCCCAAUGCUGAAAUAGCCACCUUUAACCUACCAUCCUCAUUUGUGGUUUGCAGUGCGUCUUUCAUCUUCGAUGGCCAAUACUUGAUUAUAGGAUCAAAAUUCGGCGCUCUUGCUAUAUACAACACCUCCAAGGCUGAGCCCUUAAUGGUCAACCGACGUGUUCAUGGCCGAGAAUUUGUCAAUCAUAUUAGCGUCGUGACAUCUGCUACUACGAGUGAUACCACAAAAUCGGACUUUGUAUUAACCUGUGGGCGAGACGGAACUUACUGUCUCCACGAAUUGCAGCUUUGUGGGAACGGAACAGAUGCUGUGUCGAUACAGACAGUGCACCGUACAGCAUCUAUGACCGGUGGGAACAUCGAAGGCGCCUAUUUCGAUAACGCGACCGGCGAUUUCAUGUUGUACGGAUUCAGAUCUCAAAAUUUCGUCCUGCGCAACGAGUCGAAGUUGACGGAUAUCGUAUCCAUUGCUUCAGGCGGCUUUCGCCGAGGCUGGGACUUCAUCCCAGGAGACAAAAAUUACAAUGCUUUGUUCACGUGGAAAGACGGAGAUUCUUUAAUGACUACUCGCGUACGAGCUGGUGCUAGUACUUUGCUUCGAGCUGGAGGUCACGGACGGGAAAUCAAAGCGAUGGAUGUUUUUAAUCCUACCGGUGGAGAUCGGCCUCUUUUUGCGACUGGUGGAGAGGACACUACUGUUCGUCUUUUCACACCGACCUCCUCAUUGUCUGCUAGUCCGUGGGGUAGCUUUGAGUGUCUGCGCGUCUUGGAUACGCACAAGUCUGGGAUUCAGCAAGUUACCUGGUCGAAGGAUGGAAGAUAUAUAUUCACCAGUGCUGCAUACGAAGAGUUUUUCGUGUGGAGAGUCCGCACCAUUCCCAUAUUCGGCAUUGCUACGAAAUUGAUGGCUGCCAGUCCGAAGGACGACGAAAAUUCAGAUCUCCGGAUACCUAGUUUCGAUUUGCUGGAAGUAGAGGAAGUUGACGGAGAGCUGGGUUUCCUCCUGUGCCUUGCUCUUUCCAACUCCGUUUUCAAGAUCUUCCACCUUUCACCAUCUAAUGGAGGUCAAUUCACUCUCCUGGCUCGUGGAAAAUACAUGACCAACUGUUUGACCCAAGCCCACUUUUUGGUCACGAGCUCUUCCGUGAGCCUUAUCACCGCAGCGACUGAUGGCUACUUCACACUCUGGGAUCUAACACGCACACUUGAACCAUUUUAUACAAUCACACAAUCCACCUUGAGGGCCAAGCACCCCUUUGAUGGCUCUUCCAGUUCACCAGAAAACAUCACAUGCGAAAGUCGAUAUCAGAUUCAUUCCAACAGCAUCAAGGGGAUGGAACUAGUUCCUAUCUCAGACACAGCCACUGUUGUUGUGGCUGGAGGUGAUGAUAACUCUCUCUCCGUGUCCCUCCUACGGACAAACCCAUCUGAAACCGGCACAAAUGCACAGGUAGCUACGGUUUCUAUCCCCGAUGCUCACGCUGCGGCAGUUACCACGGUCAAAGUACUCAAUCAGCAAACCUCUCGUGACGUUACGUCAAAUACAGAAUCCAUUAAAAUCACCGUGGCAUCCUCUGGCAACGACCACCGAGUCAAAAUCUGGUCAAUCGCUGUGGACCCUACACAGCCUGGCACGCAGGGCAUUAUCGUGGGAUUUCUACUGGAUACAUACAGCUCCGUGGCUGAUAUAUCAAUACUGGGGCUUGUCCAUGGGCCCGGAAAUGGCCUCCCCGCAGAGGGUCAAGUGCCUGGCCCGGAGAGAAACCAGUCGCGAUUGGUUGUAUGCGGUGUGGGCAUGGAGAUGUUUGCUGCCGAAUCGGAUCGAGCCUUAUCUGCAUGA